UCUGAUAUUUCUUAUCAACCACUUACGGAAGACGAAGAAAUAGAAGGACAAUUGACAUCACCAAGAAAUUUGCCACAAUCAUCAAAAAGUCCACCAAAACGUAUAUCACGAGAUGUUGAAUCUCAUGGGCAUUUUGACGACCAAAUAUUAAGAGAUGUUGAAGUUACAGCGGAAGUUACUUCAUUUGUUUAUUUCAUUGCUGUAGUUAUUGCUAUAGGUGGAUUCUUAUUUGGAUACGAUACUGGAGUUAUAAGUAGUGCUAUGCUAUUGCUUGAACAAGAAUUUACCAUGACUGCGUUACAAAAAGGAAUAAUCGUUGGAGGAGCAGUGUUUGGUGGAGCUAUAGCCGGAUACUUAUCAGAUUUAAUGGGAAGAAAGAUAACUACAAUAUUAUCGGCAUUAACAUUUUUAGUCGGAGCAAUUAUAUUAUCGAUAGCAUAUACAUAUUCAUCAUUAGUUUUUGGAAGGUUGAUAAUUGGAUUAGGAGUAGGAUUAGCUUCAAUGGUAGUUCCAAUUUAUAUUAGUGAAAUUUCUCCAAGGUAUUAUAGAGGAAGAUUAGUAACAUUAAAUGUAUUAUUUAUAACUGGAGGACAAGUUUUUGCUUAUCUUGUGGGGAUUGCUUUUGUAGAAAAAGGUGGUUGGAGAUGGAUGUUUGGUGUGUCUGGAAUUCCUCCUUUAAUUCAAUUAUUUGUUAUGCCAAUUAUACCAGAAAGUCCAAGAUUUCUUGUAAGAAAAGGAAAAUCUGAAGAAGCGAAACGUGUUUUACGGAAAAUUUAUCCAAAUUCACCAAAAGCAUUUGUAGAUGAAGAAAUUCAUAUAAUUUAUGAGACAAUAGCAGUAGAUGCAUCAGGAUCUUAUAGGAAACUAAUCCAGUACCCAAAUUUAAGACCACUUAUAAUUGCAUGUGGAUUACAAGCCAUUCAACAGCUUACUGGAUUUGAUACCGCAAUGUAUUAUGGUGCAACUAUAAUGAAAAUGGCUGGAUUUAUUAAUAUCAGAGAUGCUAUUAUGUUCUCACUUGUGGUUUCUCUUACCAAUUUCUUAAUGACAGCUGUCGCAUUAAAUCUAAUUGAUCGGGUUGGUCGACGUAAAAUACUUUUAAACACAGUAAUUGCUACAAUCGUGAGUUUAUUAUUAUUAGGUAUAGGAUUUUAUUUUAUAACAGGAUUUACAGUUAAACAACCACAAUGUAUGGAUUACGGAGAUGGAUGUGGUGCAUGUUUAUUAGAUGAUAGAUGUGGAUUUGCCAAACGUGAUGGUGGAAUUUGUUUACCUCGACAACCUAGCAGUGAUUUAAUUAAUAUUGAAGAUGUUAAUAUUCUUUUUGAAAGAGAAGAAAUUAGCGGAGGAAAUAGUUUAAGUGAACAAGCAAAUGGAAAUUUUACUGAUAUAGAAUUUUACGAUGAAUGUCCAAAUAUGAAACUCAUUUAUACUUGGUUUGCAUUAAUUUGUUUGGUUCUUUAUGUUAUGGCAUACGCCUUGGGACUCGGACAUGCACCUUGGUUAAUACAAAGUGAAAUAUUUCCAUUAAAUGUGCGUGGUAGAGCGACAGGAAUAGCAACAGCAACGAAUUGGUUGGUGAAUUUAGCAAUAACAGUAUCAUUCUUACCGUUGACCGAAAUGAUAACUACAUCGGGGACAUUUUGGUUAUAUGCAUCAUUUAUGAUUUUCGGAUGGAUCUUCAUUUAUUUGAUGGUGCCUGAAACGGCUGGUAAAUCUCUUGAAGAAAUUCAAGAAUUAUUUUAUUAA